AGCGGGAGCGCCAUCGUGGUGGAGCCGAGAGCAGCAAAUGCUUCAAGCAGGCUCACUCAAGUGUGCAUGACGAUGUUCCUUGUGUGGUUGAAAACACCCUCCUACAAAAGAGCGAAAGAGGAAGUAGCAGGCCUCUGCACAAUGCUUGCAUGCAAACAUUUGCUACAACUGGUGGAAAGAGAAACCAAUAAGUCGUUUGUGCAUUUACUUUAAUGUCAUCAAAGCGCUAUGAUCUAUUCAUUUGAUUAGAAUUAUGCACCAAAUUAUUUGUUGAAAUAGUUGAUUUUUGUCAUCUUAUUUUCCUUGGUAUAUGAAUCCAAUAUUUUUUGGGGCAGACAUUUUUAGGAAAAUAAUUCAUUUGACAUGAAACUGGGUAGUUGGUAUUUUUUUCCAUUUUUCUUCUCUUUGAAUGCAUAUUUUUUUGUGUCACGUUGUGAGAUUUCUUUGUCGGAAACUAUUUGGGCCUUUUCUCAACGUAAGGAUGGGUGCAGGUGUACUUAGUGAAGUGGCCUCCUUUACGUAAGCCAAGCCGCUGUUAACGUGGGACUCCGAGCCACACAAUUAUCUCCAUGCAUAUUUCAGAGCCGCGUAUCUGUUACCGACCACACCUGAAUGUCACGGAAGAGGGAGGUCACAAAAAGGGGAUUAGUGAAGAGUCGAGAAGAAAGCCACAGUGCCGUGAAGUGUUUCGAUUCAAGAGGCUGACCUUCUCUCUCGCUCAUCAGGUGGGAGCUCUUACUCUCUAACUAAAUAGAUGGAUCAACAGGAAUUGACAACCCAGAUAUGGACGUGAAGGUCCAAACAAGAAGUUCACCGCACUGGCCGUCGUCAUGCUCCCCUCCAGAGCUUUCUUCUGACUUGAAGAGCAUCUCCUCCUUGGUCUCGCCCACGGUGGUCACGCUCCUGCCUCAGUCUUCAUCCUUGUCCCCGCUGCCGCCAACUUUACGACCCGUAGACGAGGGGUCCGUAGGCCUCGUGCUCGCCAAAGAGCCCCCGGGUGAAGAACCAGAUACUCAUCAAGCGUGUUGUUCUCGCGAGUUGCUGCUCAUCGUGAGCGUGUCCGUCGCCGUCAAACUUGUCAUCGCCUUGGCUCUCUUAGUCAAGUUUCUACUUUAUCCAUCCUCGUCGCCUCCUUGCGGCGUGAAGGGGAACUGCAGCACUCCGACCCAACAGCCGUCCCUGUCGAAGAACCCCGUCAGCAGCCACAUGGUCAACAUCACGGCAGAAUGCCCGGGCGUGGUCGGCGACGGCAGGCGCAUCGUCGGGGGUACGCUGGCGGCGGCGGACGGGUGGCGCUGGCAGGCCAGCUUGCACUGGAGAGGGAAGCACGUUUGCGGGGGCGCCGUGGUUUCGCCGUGCUGGGUCGUCACGGCGGCUCACUGCUUUGUCGAAAAUGACAUGCUGGAGGUGGCUGACUGGCUGGCGGUGGUCUCCGCCGUCAGCAUCGCCGACGACUCCCUGGGGAAACGCUACCGAGCCCUUCAGGUCCUCUACCACCCUCUCUACGACACGCGCAGCAACGAUUACGACAUCGGCCUCCUGCGCACCAUCGUUGACAUCGAUAUGGACGGUGGGGUGCGCCCGGUGUGUUUGCCCCAUCCCGACGACUCCUUCCUUAACGGCGCACCAUGUUGGAUCACGGGCUGGGGGUCAGUCCAGGAAGGAGGUUUUGUGUCGGAUGAGCUCAGGCAAGCUCAGGUGAAGGUCAUCGCUGAGUCAAUCUGCCGCCAGCCGAGCGUCUACGGCGUUCACGUGACACCUCGGAUGAUCUGCGCCGGCUCCUUGAAGGGAGGGGUGGACUCCUGCCAGGGCGACAGUGGGGGUCCUCUGGUGUGUGAGACAGCCCGGGGUGAGUGGAAGCUGGCGGGGGUGGUGAGCUGGGGCGAGGGUUGUGGACGGCGCAAUAAGCCGGGCGUGUACAGCCGAGUCACCCAACUGAUUGACUGGCUUGGACGAUAUGUCGAGUUGGAACAACUAGACAACUUAGAAGAGUCCACUACACCAACUAGGAAUGACACCUCAUCACAACUGCACUGAGACACCAAUGGCAUUUAUUUUCCAAUUAAAAUCCGAAUAAAAGGGAGUCUUCUUUAUUUCAUUUUAUUCCACUACAGU